AUGGCAGCAUCGGAUGAAGAUGUGAAGGUGCUACAAGAUAAGUGCAAAAAGGAUUGCGCGAAGUCAUUCAAUCAGAGCCAAGAGAGAGAGGCGUGCUCGUUCGGGUGUGUGAAUCAACCGAACGGCAAUUCGGGAUCGGUGGAAGUAUCGAUGAGCGAGAAGGAUCCGAUGUUUAAAGUGGUUCAAAGCGAGAUGGACAAAGCAAUCUCGAGAAUGUUUGGUGACAUGCCGAUGAUGUUCGGGUAUUGUUUUGUUAUCUACUUUAUUGUUUAUCAUUAUUUUUACUGUGUAUUUUUUUAUUCAUCCUAA